AUGACGUCACCAGCAGACUCAACCUGCCCCUCCUCCGAAGAUAAAAUCCUCAAAGCCCCUGAUGACAUCCCGAGAUCGGAGAGCUCAAAACUAUGCUCACUGAAGGAAGACCUUCAAGCCCCAGCUACAAUGGGCGAUAUCCAAGCCCUGAUGAACAACAUCAGAGCCUUCUUUAACGCAGGCGUAGACAUCACCAGGGAAGAUAUUUCUAUGGUCACGGCCAAAGUGCGAGGAGCCGAGGAGUCCGUCACCUCUGUGGCCCAACGCCAAGUACGCUAA